UGUGCGCGGCUACAUCCGGGGCCUCUGCGCUCCGCCCAGAGAGAGCUGUUGUGAGGAAGUUUUGAGGGAGAUGGGCUGAGAGGGUGGAGAGGGAGAGGACCAGCGUUCGCACCGAGUUUGCCUCUUGUGAUGCCCAGGCCCAGCGAUGCCUUACGUGGAUCGGCAGAACCGGAUCUGUGGCUUCCUGGACAUCGAGGAGAAUGAGAACAGCGGCAAGUUCCUGCGCCGCUACUUUAUCCUGGACACACUGGAGGGCAGUCUCGUCUGGUACAUGGACAACCCUCAGAACCUUCCAGAAGGCGCUCCCAUCGUAGGCUCCCUCAAACUCACGUACAUCUCUAAGGUCAGCGAUGCCACCAAACUGCGACCGAAGGCGGAGUUCUGCUUCGUCAUCAACGCUGGAAUGAGGAAGUUCUACCUGCAGGCUAAUGAUAAACAGGAUCUGGUGGAAUGGAUCGCCGUUCUCAACAAUGCCACCAAAAUCACAGUUCCGAAGUCGGGGGACCACAGUGUGCAGAACCCAGCAGAGGCUUGUGCAGAGGUUCUGGGGGCCAUGAAGCAGGUGUCCUACAAGACGGAGAUUAUUGGAGGAGUGCCCAUCAUCACUCCUACACAGGAGAAGGGGGAGGGGCAGAAUGGGGCAGAGCGUGCUGCUCCAAGGAAAGCCCAUGGCCAGAUGCCCUACUACCUGAGCCGCGCCAACCAGGACCAGUCAGUGGUUAAAGCUGGCUUCUGCGUGAAACAGGGUGCAGUGAUGAAGAACUGGAAGAGGAGAUACUUCAUGCUGGAUGAUAACACCAUCAGUUAUUUUAAGUCGGACCUGGACAGAGAGCCUCUGCGUAUGAUUCCACUGAAGGAGGUUAAUAAAGUUCAGGAGUGUAAACAGAGUGAUCUGAUGAUGAGGGACAAUCUUUUCGAACUCGUCACUACCUCAAGAACCUUCUACAUUCAGACGGACAGUCCAGAGGAGAUGCACAGCUGGAUCAAAGCCAUCUCCGGAGCGAUCGUGGCCCAGCGGGGUCCGGGUCGCUCUGCUGCUUCGAUGCGUCAGGCCAGACGGUUCUCGAACCCUUGCAUUCAGAGCAGUCCACCUCGCACUGCAUGUCCAAUAGUUUGUCACUAUGCAGCUGUCCUAUGCCUAAUGCCUGUACAAUGUCUGUGAUUUAUUAAAAAGGUGAUUGUCUAUAAAUUUCCCCUUUACACCAAAUAUAGUCAAUCUACCAAGAUCUGGUUUUUUUAUGUUUUGCACUGGAGAGAUGAGGCCAACAUACUGUCCACCUGUAGGGAUGAUGAAUUUUGAUAUUUGAGUGGUUGUAAAAGUUCAUGAAAGGAUAUUCUGGUAACCAGAGUGAAGAGAAUAACAACAAAAAAUGACUUUUAGUCUUUUUAAGUGAAAAAAAAAAAAUAAUAGCACAAAGAUUGUGGAGGAAUGCAUUUGAAAGUAUUGUUUUUCAGAAAUAGGCAGAGGAAAUCAGUACGUUUUCAUGUUGGCUAAGACGCUGCCUCUUCAGAUGAGCUAGCGAGUUAAAUGAUGAGGGCUUGUCGUCGUCUUCUACACAAGGUCUUUUCUUCUCAGUAGACGAUGUGCCAACAUCAGUUUGUGAGAGAAGUAUAUUUUCGCUGUUUCCAGACCAGAGUAACAUCAGCUAGAGUAGCUAGCCUAGUUAGCGACAAAGCUGCGCUACAUCUGCAUCCUUAACAAUACAUCCAACAAGUUAAAGCACUUGUAUCAUAGAAAAAACAUAUAAUUUGUUACAAGUCUUGGCUGACUGACUACGUUUGGGGUAAAGGGGAAACUGUAAGUUGUUUUUUUUCGAUAAACUGUUGCUUUUACAUGUUCUUAUUCCAGCAUAGAAGCCAUAGGUGAUCAUAAUUUAGUAACACUUUCACUUCACUGAGCUGUCGACUAAUAUAGACAUACAUAAACACUUAUUCCGCUGGACAUCGUUUGUUGUAAAGAUUGCAUUUACUAACUUUGAUGUCAAGUUGACAUAAUAUCUAUUUUAUUUUUUAUUUUACUUUUAUUUAUCAAAGGUAAUCACACUGAGAUUAAAAAUACCUUUUACAAGUGAGCCCUGGCCAAGAAGGAGGCACACAACAAAGUCAACAAAGAAACAACACCACCACGACCAACAAAAUCAAAUCAUACUGAUAUUAGGUUGUCAUGACUCUUUCAGGGGUGAAAUGACAGACUUGUAUCUCAGUGUAUGCCACAGUGACAUGAUACUGAUUACAUGCGGGACAUAGCUCGCCAUAUCAGACUGGUUGAACAAGUAAGAAUUACAUCACUGUGAUAUACACGGAGCCAGUUGUUAUAUUGGCACAAACAUGUCAGAAAAAAAAUCGCCUCACAGUUGGUCACCUUGACAUCAAAGUGGACAAAAGUAGUUCAAAAAAGGUGACUAAGGCUUAUUACAGUAAUAUGUUCCCUAUUUCUUUUACUCACACUGCUUUUUCCUUGAGCCCUAUUGGCACUACCACCGCCAUGUCUCAAAGGCUGCAUUUGGCUGAUGUCUCAUUUCCUUAUCUUUCUCUCUGUCAUUUGUGGUGGUUAUCUUUCAGAGAGUAAAAUGUGACUAACAACCCUAAAAACGGCUUCUGCUAUUCCAUCCAUACCUUGGCCAUCAGUGCUGCAACUGCCACUGCUCUUCCUCCUCCUGCCAAGCUGAGCGAGAUCACACCAACAUCGCUGUAGCUUUGGCUGCACUUUAACACUGACGUGACUGCUGCCUGCACUCCCAAAGCUUCUGCUGCCACUUCCACUGAAGCUGCCACUCCUAAAAACCCUGCCACUUUCCCUGGCUGAAGCAGCACCAUUUCACUGACUCAAUCUAUUUCUUUCCCCUUCCCUCUCCCUUUUGCCCCCUCUUCCUACGGUUUCCACAGGACCACAGGGAACCCACCUCCAUCUUCUACCACAGCGGGCAAGGCCCCCCAGUCCCGCGUUCGCCAACCUACGGCGAAUGCCACUCCCCCACGGGCCCUCAGCAUGG